AUGUUUCCUCGGUUUGCUUUUGUCAUCUCCAAACACUGUGCCAUCAUCUGCCUAAAACCCGGCCUAGAGCUCACGGACACUGUCAUCUCUCGUGACGAACGCUGUAUCACUGCCUCUGUCAAGGACGCUCACCAAGUCAUCUGCCAAGUGGCUAACGUGUACAUGCCAGCACAGGCAGCCAGUUGCCAUGCUUUCCUGCCAGAGCUAAUGGCCAUGCCCUUUUGGUCUGAUAUGCUCGACUCCCAGUGGAUUUUGCUUGGGGAUUUCAAUAUCCAUUUGCAUGAUGCGGGUGAAGCUCGUGGCUCAAAAAUCAAACCCUUUGUCGAAUGGUUAAAUACACAUUUUCUUAACUGUUUCCCAAGAGGUACUAUGACUCUCCCUUGUGCAGGUUCCAUCAUUGAUUACAUUUUUGCGCCUCCUCGUAUGGCAGCUCGUGUGCUCAAUGCUCAGAUUCAUCACAUCCCUCCGGCAUGGACAGAUCACAGUCUUCUAACUAUUGAUCUGGUCACCUCUGGCGUGAAGAUGGGUCCUGGCAGCUGGCGUUUUAAUCCAUACUUGCUUGAGAACAGGGAAUUCCAAGCUCUUCUGGAUAAAACAGUGGAACUCUUCUUGGCUUCUGAUUACUAUGAGGAGGUUGUGGGCGAUCCAGGUGUCUCUGGUGCUGAGUCUCGGGGUCUGGGUGUACGGUCUGUCCAGGAGAAGUGGGAGUCGCUCAAAUCCAUCAUCAAGUACUGUGCCCAACAGUUCACUAAAGGCCAGAAGGCUCGUUUUAAAGCUAGAGUCUCUCGUCUUCAGCGUAAACGAGAACAGCUGCUUGGUGACCAGGCGGAGACGGCUCGGGUCAAGAAACUAGAGCAACUGAUUGAACAGAAGAUUCUUGAUGAUACUCGCCAAGCGAUGCUGCGUUCGGCCACUCGCUGGCUAGAGAUGGGUGAACAGAAUAACAAGUACUUCUAUGGUGUGAUCAAGGAUCGUGAGGCUCAACAGACAAUUCAAUCCUUGAAAAGGGCUAGUACAGGUGAAAGAUUGACGGAUAUGGGUGAGAUUCUUCAAGAAGCUCGAUCAUUCUACCAAGUGCUGUACACCCCUGAUACCAUUGAUCUGGCGGCAGUGAACUCUCUUUUGGAGAAUAUCCCUGAGGAUGCCAAGCUACAAGAUGCCGAGGCGGAUAGGCUCAUCGAACCACCCUCUACAGACAGUGUCUUAGGGUUGCUUGACCAUACACCCAAGAACAAGUCUCCUGGUUUAGAUGGCCUUCCGUUCGAGGUCUAUCGAUAUUUGUGUGACAAAUUCCCUCCUGUUCUGCUUCUUCUACAACAAGUAUUGACUGACGCACUGCGUGGAAUCUUCCCAGACUCCUGGAAACAGACGAGGAUGGUGCUUCUUUUCAAGAAGGGAGAUCCCGAGCUGCUCAAGAACUGGUGCCCUCUGUCAUUGAUCAAUAGCGAUGCCAAGUGGUUCACCAAAUUGCUCGCCAACAGAUUUAAGCGUGUUCUCUCUCAGCUGAUCACCCCGUAUCAAACUGGCUUUAUGCCUCACCGUUUGAUCUCGGACAACGCCUGGCUCAACCAGACGUUGAUGAACAAUCUCCGUGCCGCUGCUCCCAAUGAUUCCAAUGUUGCUGUGCUUUUGGAUCAGGAGAAAGCUUAUGAUCGUGUAAACCCUACGUAUCUGACGAUGGUGCUUCAUCAGUUUGGUUUUCCUGCAUCCUUGGUGAACAGUAUCUCGGGCCUGUUCUUUGACACUCGCAUCUCUUUAUCCAUUAAUGGAUGGCUGGGUGCUCCUAUUGAACAACGACGUGGUCUACGGCAGGGCGAUCCGCUCUCGCCCCUACUGUUCAAUCUCGCAUUUGAGCCUUUCCUCAGAACCAUCUUGGCUUGUGCAGACUUACGUGGUGUGGCUAUGUCUACGGACAAACGCUCGACUUUGGCACGUCAAAUUUCGGUUGCUUCCGCUCCAAUUGAGCCACAGACUGAUCAUGUCCUUCUGAGAGCUCCAACGAGCCCUCCACGAGUCAAAAUGCUUAGUUAUGCUGAUGAUUUGGAAGUCUUUCUGACGUCUCCGGCUGAAUGGCCUGUGCUUUUGUCGCUCUUGUUACUCUAUGGCAAAGCGUCCAAUGCCAAGGUCAAUUUGGAGAAAACCGUGCUGGUGUCGCUGUCUGGCAAGCCUCAUGACGAUUGGAAACACUUGGCGGACUCAUCCAACGUUGUAUGGCACGAUGAAUCUUCAACUGGCUCUGUGAGAUAUCUCGGCUACCCUCUGUACCAUACCGAUGUACAGUUGGCUCAUUUCCUGGAUACUAUCACAGUGAAGGUGCAGCGUCAAUGCAAUUCGCUCACGAAGCGACAGCUCUCCAUACGUGGCAAAGGUUUGGUGGCAAACUCCCUUCUUCUGUCUCGUCUGUGGCAUAUUCUUCGUGUGGUUGUGGUACCCAGUAAGUGGCUGGAGGAGAUCCAGCGCAUUGUGCGUCAAUAUAUUGUCUCGUUUUGGCCGGUUGUGGCAUGGGAUUCUCUCUGCCUUCCGCGCAAACAUGGUGGUCUCGGCCUGGUCGACAUUAAGAAUCAGCAUCUCGCUUUGCACCUCAUUUAUGUCAAACGGCUGCUUCUACCUCGCUCCCCGACCGAUUUUCUCUCUCCCUGGCUACUGUAUACUUUCCACGUAUACUCAGGUCAUGCCACUGCUCUUCCGUUACUGCUGUAUCCUCGUAACUACUGGCCUCGUUUGAGAAAAUGCCCCAUCUGGAGCAUCUGGCUCGAUUACUCACUCGUUUGUCUCCACUAA